AUGGCGUGUGAAUCCCUGCGAAUAGAGCAGGUGGAUGCCAACUUCUUAGAUCGCGAGUACAAGCAAAUUAUCGAACAACAAUUCGCCGAACUCACUAUCGGAUUACCGGUCUCAAUCAGUCGAAUCUGUGAUUAUCUUAAGCCUGAGAUAAGGCUUCUUGUCGACAGCGUAUUGUGGACUACGCGAGUCUAUAGAGGAGCCUCACCAGGACAACUGACAAUGAAUAUCGCAUACAAAGACUAUCCGAUCAGAAAAGUGUUCACGCAUUUCCUAAUAUCCGUGUUCAUUCCUUACGUGCAUGGACGAUUCUUCAACGCAGUCAAUAGCGGUGUUAUCAGGAAAUUUCUCUCGAAACUCAGUGCCGUAUACGAGGCAUUCUGCAUCCUCCAUUAUCUAAAUUUUCUACGAGUUGGUGGUCACAGCACUCUUGUCGAAUCAUAUCUGAACUUGCGGAAUUGGAAUAAUGAUUUGCCCACUGUGGGCACAAUCAACUACGAGUCACAAAACAGGGAGCUACUAUGGCACACGCGAGGUGCAGUUGAAUGA